AUGGAUUUGAUAAUUUUAAACGAACCGAAAAUGAAGACACGUUUGAAAUCCCCGAAUGUCUUAAGAAUAGAUCCGGAAAACUGAUUUAUCUAUCGUUGGGAUCCAUUGGAUCCGGAAAUGCAGAGCUUAUGAAGAGAUUGGUUGCGAUUUUGUCCAAAUCUAAGCACCGGUUCAUUGUCUCCAAAGGUGUCAAUCACGAGAAGUACUCGUUGGCGGACAAUAUGUGGGGCGAGAGAUCUGUCCCUCAGUGUAAAAGUGUUGUCAGUCGUAGACCUAAUGAUAACACACGGCGGCAACAAUUCUGUGACGGAAACCAUGAAUUUCGGGAAACCUAUGAUAGUCUUACCACUCUUUGGGGAUCAAUACGAUAACGCACAGAGAGUUAUGGAAAAGGGGUUUGGGAUUAGACUCAAUCCUUACGAGUGCUCUGAAAAUGAAUUAUUGGAUUCAAUCGACAGACUAUUAAACGAUCAAAUAUUGGC